UGCUCCUCUUUCUGUGCAACCUCUAUUCGACACGGCUUCAGUUCGAGGCAGUCUCACCUCUACGCUCUCUCCUCCGUCUCUUCCCAGUUCUCACUCCACAUAGCCAGUCAUCACUCUCUCGGUCCCGUGCCCAUCUUCUCCUCCCGUCUCUCUCGGUCUGUGCAAACUACAAGCUCUUGAUCUUGCUCUUGUUCUUGUUCUAGUUCAGUUCAACCUUCAGACAACAAAACCCCAUGAAGGCUUCAGUUUAACCUGCCACUUUUGUGCCGCUUUCCUGUUGAUCCAUCUUCAGACGGCGACCGAAGGCUAGAGAGCCGCGGAGCGGACGGCAGCAGCCAACAGAGACGGCAUGGAAGAGGAGAUGGCUGGUCUGAGCCUGGGCGAUUUCGAGUUCUUCAAGAUCUUGCUCCCUGGGAUGUACGAGGAGUCACUGAGGCUGCCCGCUAAGUUCGCCCGGGAGCUCGGAGCUCGCCGGGAGCUGAAGCUGCGGCUUGCCGGCGGGGAGAUGAUGCCCCUGUGGGACGUGGAGGUCUUCGCCGACGAAAAGCGCGGCGACAUGCACCUCGGCCGCGGGUGGAAGAAGUUCGCCCGCGCCCACGACCUGCGCGACGGCUACUUGCUCGUCUUCCGCUACGACGACGGCGCCGCCUCGCUCACCGUCAUGGUCUUCGACCGGAGCACGUGCCGCAAGCAGUACGCGCACGCCGGCGCCGCCGCUGGUCCAGCCGGCCGACGCUCGCUGGCCAUCGCCGAGCCGUCGCAUUUCGCCGUGAGCCUGAGGCAGUGCAACCUGGGAACGAAGCAGAACCAGUACCUGAACGUGCCCGUGGAGUUCCAGGACGCGCACGGGUACGCGCGGCGGCGCCGGGUGGAGCUGCGGAUGGGCGGGCGGUCGUGGUCGGUGAACCUGAAGCGCGGCAAGCGGGUGCGCGGGGACCGCACGGCGUUCAAGUACGGGUGGCACCAGUUCUGCGUCGACAACGGGCUCGAGGUCGGCGACACCUGCUUCUUCCGCGUGAUCCGCGAGGGCGCCUGCGCCGACGACGACGAGGAGGAGUGGGAGGAUGAGUGCGAGGACGACGAGCACGUGCUCAAGGUGGAGGUGCGCAAGAAGAACGGCACGAUGCUCACCUGAUCUGAUGUGCUUUGGCUUUCAUGUUUUAUUAUUAAAAGAGUCGUCGGCGACCACUAGGGAUUCCAAUCUAACUGCUGAUGGAUUCCAAUCUAAAUUAAGUGCAA